ACCGGACACAGUGUGACUCUAAUGGACGAUAGCUUAUAGUGUUCUUAUUCUAAACCACGACCGUUGAUGACAAGAUAAAACUGUAUCUCAAAGUUUUCUGAUUCGUAUCGCCUUCCACGAUGGUUUCACUGCAAUCAUUUAUGCUCCGAAUGCAUUUACUUCCUCGUUCUUCACCGUGCAAUCCAGCAACUCGUAGAAGGCGAUUUUCUUCGUCUGCGUCGAACGGCAUCUAUAACAACAACAACGAUGUUAACAACAAUUUCUACCUAUCACCAAUCGUCAAUCCUUCUUUAAAACGCCAUAAAGUAUCGGCAUUCGUUUACUCAACGGAACCUACUGUUGCAGCAGAAAGCAUAACAUCAUCGCAGCUGGCUGUGCAUGUGUUCGAAGGAUUGGAUGUAAAACUGAGGUACGAACAAUCCAUUUCGGUAUCGGUUGAGAAAUUUCUUUCAUACAGACAAUUCGUAUGCGCCCAGAUGCGCUGUGAGGAACCAUCCGUUAUAAGCGAAAUGUACAUCGUUCCGCGUACAGUACCUGUGUCUUGUGUUACAACGGCUUAUCCAAGCUACGACGCAACUACGGGACAGGAACAAAUGAUGUUCCGUACAACAGUGGAAUUCCGCAGGAAAUACUUCACAGCGGCCCAGCAAACGAUUAACGAGGAGCAGCAGGAAGUAGACCGUGAACCACCCCGCUAUGUAUCCCACGCCUGCUGGAUUGUUUCGGAAUUUCAGAACUAACAAGGAGACGCCAUUACAGCUUUAAGCAUCAUUCACAGGAUGUGCCUAGAGGUUUAUCUUGUUUGGUUAAAGGGAUUUUUCGAAUAAACAUAAAUAUGAAAAAUUACGA